AACCUGUCGCGACGACUUCUCUUGCUCACGAGUGAUAGCUACAUAGAUAUUAGUACGGCCGCCGCCCUGCUGUUCUCGGGAAAUGCAUCUUCCAAUCCUUCUUGGACCGGCGUCAUGCAGUGCCACCAUGGCCGUGUCCUUUCGGGAGGGCCGCUGCAGCGGAUACGCGGAAGCCCGUAUACGGGUUCUGGCUUCGGCUUUUGCUUUUCUGUACACAGGCUCGCACGUAUGCUGCUGGCUGCAACCCGAGCAUAUCAAGGUCAUUGUUCCAAACCGUCCGACAAUGAGCGCAUCCAUCAUCCAGGUUAUGCAAAUGGCCACGGACGGCGGAAUCAACCGCGCACGAUCUGCAAACUGCGAACACGUUGUGCCAAAAGUAGAGCAGGGGGACAGGGGAUGAGUAUUGGAAGACCCCCUGAGCCUGCCCAUCCUUCACUACGGGACCCGGGGCCGCACUGUUCAUGCUGGGGGUCCAUUCUCGAUUUGCACUGGGUGCGGCCCGUACGAAGUCGUAGACGUGUGUUGGUGGAUAAUUUGUCGAGUUAUUUUCCGUCGUCGUCCUCCCUUGUUAUUGCCCGUCCAUGA